AUGCUAACAGAUUCAAGUUUAACCAAUAUACUCGUUGUGAGUGGUGUAUCACAAAUUAGAUACAGAGUCUACAACCAACACAUUACCAGAGAGAGUCUCGAGACAUUCCUCAGCCAUUCACCUGAAGAUGUCGUCAAUAAAGACAUGACCUUGUUGAGAGCCUACACAGAGAUGAUUGCACUCAGUAUACCGACGUUAUGGCGAGUGCAUGCUGAAUCAAGCGAACCAGGAAAGGAUCUUGAACUGGAAUUGUGGGUGUUUUGGUUUGACGAAAGACACACGGGAAAGAUUGACGCGAAUGAUAAUCUUUACGCGCUGGAUGAAACCAAAGUGGGAUCGUUUACUUGGGAGAAUGCUUAUUCAAAGAUACAAUCGCCAACAGCAUCUCCUGGCGCAUCAUCCACACAGUCAAAGACAAGCAUUCCAGUGACAGUAUCAGAUGAGUACAAGUGGUUCGUCAAGUCGGUGCGAAACUUGAUUCAUGUACAAAUGAAGAAGAAUGGAGCAUUUCCCUUGGGCGAAUUCUACGUUUAUCCCAACACGGAUCAGGAUGUGAUUGCAGACGUCAAAUCCAACCACGCAUCCACCUCACCUAGCCUGCUGCAAUUAACACAAUCCAUGCUGUGCUGUUCAUACAGCAUCUAUUUAGCGAGCACCAACCUCAUCUUUCAACCAAAUACGAGACGCAUGAGAUUAAGGCCAAUUACGAUACAGACGAUCCGUACUCGCGGCAAAAAGGUGAUUAUCAGUCCCACAGGCGAGACCAUGCUGAUUGCCAACAACAACACCGCACAACCCUUAUCACCACAAUUAGAAGAGGCCAUAUUAAGAAAAUGGUCAUUGAUAUUAGAUAUACCCUAUACCAACUUGAUGCCAUGUGCAUCCUCACCACAGCAACAUGCAUCCCAUGAUCGAUCUCAACCACCACCAGCAUCAGUAACAGCACAACCACAUAAACCACACGCACGACAGCAAUUGCCCAACCUUGUGGCUAUCAGAAGCCUCGCAUCAGGCGAGGAUAGUUACUAUUACCCAUCCUGCUUAAUAUUUGUAUCGUCCUCAUCAAAGAUAUCGCCUACUGCCAUGGCAGGCGCCAAUGGGCUAUUUGGAUUCAACCAAGGAUUUUCAGAGGAUUUAGGGGAUAAAUGGCAUCGAUGGGCAUGGAGUGAACGCAUUUCAAAUUACUGGGAGUAUACGUGUCCAAGAGAAGUAACGACAUCAGUCGUCUUGGAUACACUUUCAGUGGAUAAUGGACAGAACAACAGCAACAAUGUUGGAUUGCUGCAAAAAGCGAUUAAUGAGCCUGUGAUUGCGAGUCCUCUGAUGGCUACUAAAUCUGUAGCCACACCAGGCUCUGCCGCCGGAAAUCAACGAAACGAAAUGUCGACACCCUCUUCUUCCACGAAUAAUUACGAUGAGGACGAUCAACAGCAACAACAGCAACAAUUACAGCACCAAUUGCAUCAGAGAAGUAAAUCCAAGUAUCAGUCAGGCUUGUCCUUAGUGGAUUUUGCCAUGGCUCAUUUCUCCAUGCCCAACAGCAUGGAUGAUUUGGUCGAGUAUCCCAUUUUGCCGCACACGACACCAGUGAUACAGCAAGCCAAUGAGCCUAUACUACUACAGCAGCAGCAGCAGCAACAACAACAACAACAACAAAGCCAUCAAACACUGGAACCACUUUCACAGCAGCAACAGCAACAGCAGCAACAGCAACAGCAUCAAAGCACUAUGGCAGUCAUCUCCAACAACAAUACAGCCAAUAACUCGACGUAUCAAUCCCCGCAGAUGCCCAAUCUUGAAUUGGAUGCGUACGGUGACAUGGUGGAGAGCAUGGAUGUAGAUAAUAUGGUGCUGGAUAUACCUAAUCGAUGGACAGAUGAUGGCAUGGAUGAUUUGGAUAAUUUUGAACUCGGCGUGACAGAAGAGGAUUUUGAUUUUUUCGAGUCUUCAGGCCCAACAUCUGUUCCUGCUACUGCUCCAGCUGCUCCAUUGGCCUCAGUGCCACCGUCAUUACAGCAACCUGCCACAUUAGACGCAUCAGCAUUGACUGCGCAUGAUACACUGUUGAUGAUGCAGGAGAUAAAGCCAGAGGACAUUGACAUUACCAGCAAUUUUGAUACCACAUUGAUGGAUUUGGAUCAAAAGCAGCAACAAGCGAUAUUGGAUACAGACCUCGAUUCUCAGCAGAACGACCUGUCAUUGACGCCAUUACAAGUAGGCAUGGCUCAGCACGAUCCAUUCACUCCUUACAUGAGCGAUCCUGUCAAACAGGAGGACCAAACGCGAAACGCACAGCCUUCGCCACUACCACCACCAACAGCAUUGCACGACUACCAUCAACAGCUGUUUGUUCCACCGCAAUUUGCACCCAUCAAAAUGGAGUCUGUCGUCAAUGACGCCAAAUAUAUUCAGGGCGGCAAAUUCACCUAUCCAGCUCAGGAACAUCAACCUCUGACCAAACGCAAGCAAAGCACAGACUACCGACCCGAUUACGUGCCUGUCAUGCGAUCCAGCAAGAAAAAUAAGCGCAAAUCCAGCAAAUUGUUGCUGCUAGACACCAUCAACAAGGAAAACAAGCCGUUGGAGCUUUUGGACGAGAUGAUGAUAUCGAGGGAGGAUCAACAACUCGAUUCUAAAUCAACCAACAUCACGUCCUCAUCCUCAGAAGAGGAGGAAGAUGCAAGCUCAAGUGACCAAAGUAGUGGCAGCAGCACCGAGGACGACGAUGACGAUGAGGCGUACGACGAUCACCAUUCUGUGGAAAGUGACUACAAUAACAACAAUGAAGACAUGUCUACCAAAAUCACACGCACCAUGGAAUCGCUCUCAGUAGCUCAGAGCAAAUUUGUUGGUAGACUGACUUGCAUCGACACACCAGUCGAGACAAUCAAGAAGAAGGUGGAUGUGGAUCAAAUCAUGAUGGACUAUGAUACGCCCUUUGCGCGUGCUGUCACUGACAGUGUGAUCCGAGUUGCUGGUGCACGCACAGACGUCAAUGAGCAUGAAGAAACCAAGGCGCUGGAUUACUUGUGUCAACAAGCUGUGAUGGGUGGCUAUCCAUUUUCAGGCGGUAUUGAGGCCAUGUCGUCCAAUGGGUUUGAAGCGAAUGAAGGAGAGUCUGCCAAAGUGGUGAUUGCCAGAAGAAGAAAUCUAUUGCAAAAGUACAAUGGAGACACAAUUCACGUCCCAUCGACACCAAGUGAUGUGGAGUUCAUGAACCAAAACUUCAAGCAUGUGUUGAGCGACAUCUUUUCUCAGCAACAACAACCCGGUAACUCGGAUCUUGAUGCAAUGUGCAUUGAUUCGUUGCCUUUACCAGCUUCUGUCACUGUCAAGGGCCCACUGAAUGUGCAGGAUUAUUACGAAUUGUCAGAAACAAAUCAAGCGCAUUCAAAAUACGGCAAAUAUCAAGUCAAAAAGCGACGACCAGCAGAACCCAAUCUCGGCACACUGCAACCACCCAAUAUCACAGUCAGCCGACAAGACGACAUGAUCGAAGGCACAUCUAACCUGAUCAUGUUUUGGGAGAAACUGAGACUGGAGCCCUACUCUUUGAAAAAGCAAGUCAAUUAUUUUAUAGUAUACCCCAAAAACGAAUCCAUAGAGAAUGGCAUAACGCACUUUUUCAAGGGACUCAGCACUGUGUAUGAGACAUGUCUGUUGGGCACUCAUCAUCCAGCAGCCAACAUUGGGCCUUAUCGAAGAGGGCUGGUGCCUGUCACUCUUUUACCACAAUUGGAGAAUGAAUCAUUUCACGACAGACAGCUUCGAAGUUACAUGGCGGAGUGUCAGCACCUUGGAUCCGUACUUGGUAGUGCCAUGCCAGAAAACAUGCACAUUGUCAUCUACAUGAUCAAUCCAGCCACACACCUCGCUUCUCAUCUCGACCUGAGCCGAUGUUUCAGCAAACUCAAAGUAGCUUACAACGCUUCUCCUAUGGCCUUUGGGUCCAGGCUAUCUGACAAAACACGAGCCCGUCUGGUAUUGCAGCUGAUGCCCAUCGAACAUGUCUUGCGAUCAACCUCCUUUGGCGGUUGUCUCAAGUUUGGCAUGAAGGAGAUUGCUUUCUCCGUGUAUAUCAAAUGCCAUUCCAUUGUCAGCAGACAACACCAAGCCACGCUUACCACCAACAGCAAUACCCAGCAAGACGCACAUUCAGUGUCUGAUUUGUACGCACCGCCCUUUGUCUUAUCCAAGCCGAUCCCCUCACACAUCCAUUUCAAGCUGAAAAAGGCCAUCAGUGCAUUUCCCACUAUUCUGGAGAGUCAUGCCGUAUUACACAUGGGAUAUACGUUCAGUCUCGACAAACGGUGGAUGAUCAUUGUGUGGACAGACAAUCGAGGCGAAAUGGUGGAAUUUGCCGUGCUGGACAAUCACCGUCAUCAGCUACCACUGUCAUCCGUGUUUGAGGAAGCAUGGCGUCGAACAAAGCAGAUAUCAAAGCGAACCGGAUUUGCAUGGACAUUUGUGAUUUGCAAGAUGGGUCUGGUGUUUGAACAAGAACUCAUGGCCUGGAUAGCGUGUUUGCCUAGUAAGGAACAUGUGGCCAUUGUCAGCCUGGAUGUCGAAUCCACCUUGUAUGUCAACACAACCAAUGCAGAUACCAUGAGCGAGAUGCAUACGCCUACAGAUACGCUCAACACCAACACACCUACCAUGAUGAAUAAUGCUCCCUCCACUGCCAAAAAGAUGUUUUCAUCUGAUACACUGGACAAUGGACAGACAAAAGCACUGCUGCUGAAUCAUCGUGUCGCUUAUUCCAAUAAGCGAGAGCGUAUGUCGCUCGGCAUGCUUGGCCUGGAUUCGAUGUCGAAAGAAGAUUGGAUGAUACCCUUGGCGAGUGGAUACAUGAUUCAUACACCUCCCACAACAGAGAAUCCUAAUAAUGAGCUGUUCAACUGCAAUCCGUUGGUGCUAGAGAUCCACUUGGUGUACAAUCAAACAAAUCAUUCGGCCUACAGCACAUUAAGAGACAUUAUCAAAAGGUACCACGCUCUUUCUUUUGUCAAUAUGAUGCCAUCCAACAGCAACUGUUUCCCUAUUCAUCUUGCGCUUGUGGAAAGAUUAUCCCGAAUACUACUCGUUGUUCAUUCAUGA